UCGAAAGAUCCCUCGAAGAUUUUUCUCCUCCCUCUCUCCCUCUCCUCACAGCUCUCUCCCUCUCUCCUAGCAACAGCAUAUAUAGCGCAAAGACAAUAACACACGACUAGCUAGCAAGAAGAAGACAGCUGGUUCAGAACUCUCAAAACAGCUGUGGUGUCCAAGUGAUCCUUAAUUCUCCAGGGUCAUUUGGAUGGCAGCCUCCUUCGUCAUCGUCAUCGUCAUCUCCUUCUUCAUUUCUCUUGCUUUUAUGUGCUAUGUCCACUACACGAGCCGGCAGAGGAGGAAACUCCAUGGCUACGGCCAUGAGAAAGCCGUCAGGCUGCCGCCGGGCUCCAUGGGUUGGCCUUACAUCGGCGAGACCCUUCAGCUCUACUCCCAAGACCCCAACGUCUUCUUCGCCUCCAAACAGAAGAGGUACGGCGAGAUCUUCAAGACGCACAUUCUGGGUUGCCCGUGCGUGAUGCUGGCGAGCCCGGAGGCGGCGCGGUUCGUGCUGGUGACGCAGGCGCACCUGUUCAAGCCGACGUACCCGCGGAGCAAGGAGCGGAUGAUCGGCCCGUCGGCGCUCUUCUUCCACCAGGGCGACUACCACCUCCGCCUUCGCAAGCUCGUCCAGGGCCCUCUCGGCCCCGACGCCCUGCGCGCGCUCGUGCCGGACGUCGAGGCCGCCGUCCGCUCCACGCUCGCCUCCUGGGACGGCAACGUCUCCAGCACCUUCCACGCCAUGAAGAGGCUCUCGUUCGAUGUCGGCAUCGUGACCAUCUUCGGCGGGCGGCUGGACGAGCGGCGGAAAGCGGAGCUGAGGCAGAACUACGCCAUCGUGGAGAAGGGCUACAACUCCUUCCCCAACAGCUUCCCCGGGACGCUGUACUACAAGGCGAUCCAGGCGAGGCGGCGGCUGCACGGCGUGCUGAGCGACAUCAUGCGGGAGCGGCGGGCGCGGGGGGAGCCCGGCAGCGACCUCCUCGGCUGCCUCAUGCAGUCGCGGGCGGGCGACGACGGCGCGCUCCUCACCGACGAGCAGGUCGCCGACAACAUCAUCGGCGUGCUGUUCGCGGCGCAGGACACGACGGCCAGCGUGCUCACCUGGAUCGUCAAGUACCUCCACGACCAUCCCAAGCUGCUCGAGGCCGUCAGGGCGGAGCAGGCGGCGAUCCGCGCCGCCAACGACGGCGGCCGGCUGCCGCUGACGUGGGCGCAGACGCGGAGCAUGGCCCUAACCCACAAGGUGAUUUUGGAGAGCUUAAGGAUGGCCAGCAUCAUCUCGUUCACGUUCAGGGAGGCCGUGGCUGACGUGGAGUACAAAGGGUUCCUUAUCCCCAAGGGAUGGAAGGUGAUGCCGCUCUUCAGGAACAUCCAUCACAACCCAGACUACUUCCAGGAUCCACAGAAGUUCGACCCUUCUAGAUUCAAGGUGUCGCCGAGGCCGAACACCUUCAUGCCAUUUGGGAACGGCGUGCACGCGUGCCCCGGGAACGAGCUGGCCAAGCUCGAGAUGCUCGUCCUCAUCCACCACCUGGUCACUGGCUACAGGUGGGAGAUUGUUGGUUCCAGCGACGAGGUUGAGUACAGCCCAUUCCCUGUGCCCAAGCAUGGCCUUCUCGCGAAAUUAUGGAGGGAUGAUAGUGUCAGUGUGGAAACAGAUGGUUGCCAGAACGGUGAUAAUGACGACAAUGGCGUAGCAAUGGUUUGAUUAGGCGUUUAAUGUAGAUAAGCUAGCUAGGGAGAUAUUUUUCUUUCUUUCAUUGCCCUUCUAUUUCCUCAAGGGAAGUCCGGGGAGAAAAAAUGGAGUUUUCUUCUUUUUUAACUUGAUCAUAAGAAGGUAAUGAUGAUGAGAAUGGGUUCUCGGAGGAAAAACAAAUGAUAAUGUGUAAUAUCAUUGACAUUGACCCAAAUUAAAUGGCUUCAGCAGUUAAUGCUGCUGCAUUUCGGCUCC